ACACGGAGUUUGGUCUCUGGACUUGACGCAUGCGCCGACGCAUCACUAGUCCAGUUUAAAGUAACGGAUGGACUAUAUUAGGGACAGAAUGGUUCGUUCUGAUGAUUCGGUUUGGUUCAAGGAGCCAUAACUCCCGUCACUAUUAUUUACGACACUUUGCGUCAGUCCAAGCAGCAUCAGCAGCUCCUUGACCCACGUGACUUCCUCAUUCCACUCCAUGUACCGUUAAUGCUAACACCGCAUACAGAUUACAGAAAUGGUUUGUUUAAUGAUUAUGUUGAUCUGUUCGGCUCUUCGUAUCAGUUCUGUUUCUGCUGAAGACGUCACAGGUUAUUCUGGACAGAACGUCACUCUGAAUUGUACAACUACUGAGAACAAACCCGUCGCUGUGGAGUGGAGCAGAACCGAUCUGAAGGAUGAAUUUGUUCUUCUGUACAGAGACGAUCAGAUUGAUCCGUCUAUCCAGCAUCCAGAUUACAAGAACCGAGUGGACCUGGCAGACAGACUGAUGAAGGACGGAAACGUGUCUCUGGUUCUGAUGAACGCCACGACUAACGACAACGGAACAUAUGAAUGUCGAGUUCGAAUUCAAGGAAUCCUGGAUGCUGAACUGAUCAGAACCAUCAACCUGACUGUUUCUGCUCUUCCUCCUCCAGGAGACAAGAAGUCAGGGAACCAGGAUGGAUCCAUGGGACUGAUAGUUGGUCUGAUUGUGUCUCUGCUGGUUGUUGUUGUUGUUGUUGUUGUUUUACUUCUGAUCUACAGGAAACAAUUUCCUUGUUUACAGCAGAAAACCUCUGAUCCUCCAGUUGGUCUAUAGAUGAAGGAAUGUUUUAAUUCUGUACAGAUCAUUUGCAUCAGAUUAUUGGUGAUUUUCUGAUCGAUCAGCAUGAAGUGAUUUCCUCUCUGCUCUGAUGGUUCUGAUGGUUCUGAUGGUUCUGAUGGUUCUGAUGGUUUUUAACGAUCAACACAUCAACCUGCUGACCUCAUCAAUCAUUAUAAAACUAUUUUAUCUCAACCAUCAACUACGGACUGAAAUGUUUUAAAAGUUACAUUUUCUCUAUUUGAACUCAUCCAGACCUGAACUAAACCUGGAUCAGAUUAUCUGUAAGAAUCUGUAAUCCAGAUUAAUCCAGAUUGUUUUUAAUGGAGAUUUAAAUUAUUGUUGCUGUUUAUCGUUUAUAGAUUCACAUCAGUGGAUUGAUCUUCAUUGAUCUUCAUUGAUCUUCAUUGUGAUCAGUUUUAUUCAGUGAAUCUGAUGAACAUAAAAUGUUUCCUGAUCAUUUCUGUAAUAAUCUGAUGAAAAUCCUCCUUAAAGCCUUAAAGUCUGUAAAGACUUGAAUCCUCAUCAGGAUCCAUGUUGGAACAAAAACUGAAGGAAAAAAGUUUGAAACAUGAAGAUCAACCUGAUCAUCAUGUGAAGUUUUUAUUUUAUUUUAUUUUUUCUGCUUUCUGUUCAUAUUUAUUCUGACCUCACUGUGUUUAUAUGAUUUACAUGUUUGUUCUUUUUUAUUAAAAUGUUUUAUAUGUUCUACAGUUUUAUGGAGGAUUAAAGUCGAUAAAUUUAUGAUUCAACUUGAAUGAAUUGUAAAUAAUUUAGGAUUUAGUUUGAACUUCAACAUUAAUAACUCCUGACUGCAUUUAGCCUGUAAAUAGUUCAAAUAGUUGAUGUGACAGACAACCAGGGAAACCUUGGAUUAAGAUUAUAAUCCAGUCCUGGAAACACGGAGAAUCCAGACGGAGGCCGUUCUGCUGCUCCACGUUCCAGAAACCAGAAAAUCAGAGAGAUUUUAUUUUUAUUUCUGUUUUAAAGGUUUAAAUCCGGACCGGGAUCGUCUGCAUGGAGUUGGUUCUGUCUGUGGACCGGUUCUGGUUCUGGAGGUUCAACUGGAACGUUAAACUGUAAUCUGAGCUCUGACUUCCUGCUGGAUGAAAAUAUCGGCCUGUUCCAGAAAUAAACGUGUUUGUGACCAUUAUCACUAUUUAACCUUCAGUUAAAACAGAAACAAAGUGAACAGAACUCGGAGCGUUCGGGUCCGUUUACUAGAACCAGAACCAGAACCAGUCAGAGGAAGUUUAAGAGUCACUUUUACAGAAACUAAAAUACUAAAAACAAGACGUGGUUUUGUUCAAA